CUAAUAGGCUACCUAGUACCGUACCUAGCUGGAGCUGGAGCCUGGCACUUUCUCCUUGAUCACCAAGCUACCCGUGUGGGCGGCAUCAAGGAGAGGAGUCUACAACGACUUCGUUAGGAAAGGGUUGCUGGUCUUAGGGUCGGAGCUCAAUGUCUUCGCUCAUGUGGUUCCGUAAGGGGCUGCGGCUACACGACAACCCCGCCCUGUUGGCGGCCAUUGAGGGCGCCAAGCACGUGUACCCUGUCUUCAUCCUCGACCCAUACUUCCUCCGCCCUGAUCCAACCGCGCCCUCACCUGGUUCCACGCGCGUAGGCAUCAACCGGAUACAGUUCUUGCUGCAGAGCUUACAGGAUCUGGACCAGGGGCUGCAGGCGCGGGGAUCGCGGCUGCUCCUUGUCCAUGGGGACCCUGUCGAAAUUAUUCCCAGCAUGAUCACCCAGUGGCGGGUAAAUCGGCUGUGCUUUGAGCGGGACACGGAGCCUUAUGCCAAAGAGCGAGACGCGCGGGUCAAGGAGCUGGCGGCGGAGCUGGGGAUCAAGGAGCUGGUUACGCCGUCCACCCACACCCUGUUUGACCCUGACGAGACCAUUGCCCGAAACAAGGGCCAUGUACCCACCAGCUACGGCCAGUUCUGCAAGGCCAUCGGCACCCCCGCAGAGCCGCUGGAAGCACCCACCAGUAUACCUGGGCCAGACCCCGAAAAGAAGGGCAUUCCGACUAUCAGUGUGCCCACGUUGACGGAGCUGGGCUACGGUGAGAGCGACCAGGAGUUUCUGCAGCAGAUUGUUAAGGGGGGCGAAACGGAGGCCCUGGCCCGCCUGGAGGUCAUGAUGGCCAAGACGGACUGGGUGGCCAAGUUCGAGAAGCCCAAGACGGAUCCCAGCGCAUUUGCCGAGCCCGCCACCACCGUGCUUUCGCCGUACCUCAAGUUUGGCUGCCUCUCCCCACGACUCUUCUACUCGAAGCUGAUGGCUAUCUACCAGAAGAAAACGGGCCACAGCAAACCCCCCCAGUCGCUUGAGGGCCAGCUGCUGUGGCGCGAGUUUUUCUACACGGUGGGCCACGCCACGCCGCGCUUCGACUGCAUGGUGGGCAACUCGCUGUGCAAGCAGGUGCCCUGGACCGACGACGACGCGCUGCUCGCCGCCUGGCGGGACGCCAAAACAGGGUACCCCUGGAUCGACGCCAUUAUGACGCAGCUGCGGCAGCAGGGCUGGAUGCACCACCUCGCGCGCCACGCCGUCGCCUGCUUCCUCACGCGCGGGGACCUGUUUGUGUACUGGGAGAAGGGGCGCGACGUGUUCGACCGGCUGCUCAUCGACGGCGACUGGUCCAUCAACAACGGCAACUGGCUCUGGCUCUCUGCGUCCGCCUUCUUCUCGCAGUACUUCCGCAUUUACUCGCCCAUCACAUUCGGCCAAAAGUACGACAAGUCCGGCAAGUACAUCCGCCGCUUCCUGCCCGUCCUCAAAGACUUUCCGGCGCAGUACAUCUACGAGCCGUGGAAGGCCCCUCUUGAUGUGCAGAAGGCGGCCAAGUGCGUUAUUGGAGUGGACUACCCCGGGCCAAUCGUGGACCAUGCGGAGGCGAGCAAGCAGUGCAAGGAGCGCAUGGCGGCCGCGUAUGCGCUGGCCAAGCAGAGCACCGACCUGCCGUCGCAGGAAGCGGUCGAGGAGCUGCGCCGCACGGUGAACCCGGGAGGGGUCAAGCGGAAGGAGCAGUACGGGGCGGCGGGGAGCAUGGCGCCGGCGGGCAAGAAGAGCAAGGGGGACAUCAGGAAAUACCUCAAGAAGUAGGGCGGGGUAAAAGUAGCUAUGCGCGCGUGCCCCAGUAGGUUACGCGGGUAGGGUGAGGAGCAGCGUGAUGGCAUUGCGUGCAGCCAUGGGGCUAGCACGCGCACCCGGUCGCAAGCCCUGGCCCGGCGAAGUGGCUACGAUUACCAUUGGGCCGGAAGCCGUCAUUUUUGCUUUGCGGACAAUUCUUUGAAAGCUUUUACUGUGAUCAAGAUUCAAUUGGACAAACAUCAUUCGAUGUCACGACUGGUUGAACGUAACUGUCCUGUAUAUGUAGCCGGAGACCUGUCUGCUCAUGCAAACAAGCUCGCAAAUUGCGGGUGCUUGAAACUACUGUAGUUGAGUUGUACGUGGUUACUUUGGACGACUGGAAGCUCCUGGACGUGAUGCCUAGAUCGAAAAAGACGAGUAAUUGGGCCAGCUUGCAAGUUUGGAACUCUUGCGAGUGGUGUAAUAAAGUGUAAACCCAAGCUGGGAUUAAACUAGUAUUUUGGUACGGUUUAUCAUCCAGUUAAUAAGUCAUCUGAAAGUUCGUUACCGUA